AUGGGUUGUAUGUUGAGAAGUGAUAUGAUGACUUUUUGUGAUAUUUACCUUCAACCCGAAACUGCAUUCGAAAUAGUAUCUCAGUUGGGCGAGAUGGGUUGCGCUCAAUUCGUAGAUAUGACACCCGAUGUGAAGCCGUUUCAAAGGAACUAUGUUACCGAGCUAUGCAGAUGUGCUGAAAUGGAACGCAAGCUCCUUUAUAUGGAAGGAGAGAUGCAGAAAGACAAGAUCAGUAUUGUUGAAUACAAUUCCAUGGAGCCAAAAGCGUUACCGCUCCAUGAAACAACCUCUUUGGAAAAUGUUCUUGAAAAAUGGGAAAACGACGUUUUAAAUAUGUCAGACAAUCAGACGACCCUAUUAAAGAACUAUUUAGAGUUGACUGAAAUGAGUUACGUGUUAAAUCAUAUUGGCCCGAUGUUGGGUGAAUCUGAUAAAGCCGAGGAUAUAUUCGGAAAGGCAGCAGGCGGUGACACAGGUUUCCUGGGUAGGCUCUUUGUUAUAACAGGGGUAGUGAAACGCAGUCGAAGCUUUCCUUUCGAGAUGAUGAUGUGGAGAGUCUCUCAUGGUAAUAUCUAUUAUCGACGUGCUUCCCAAGAUGCCAUACUACAAGAUCCUAACACGGGUCAAGAUAUUCGGAAAGUAGCUUUUUUGGCUAUCUGUCAAGGCGAGCAGCUUAGUGCUCGACUAGAAAAAGUCUGCAGCGGGUUUCAUGUCAACCUAUAUUCUUGUCCAGAGUCUUUUAACGAAAGGAUGGAUAUGAUGGUGCAAUUAGACUUGAGGAUCGCUGAUUUGGAAAAAGUAAUGAAAAAAACUAAAUACUAUAGAUGUAAAGCCCUUCGAACUGUUAGCAAGCAAUGGGAUCCGUGGAUGGUACAAAUAAAAAAAUCAAAGGCUAUCUACCACACAAUGAAUAUGUUUACCUUGGAUAUAACGAGAAAAUGUCUAAUUGGCCAAUGCUGGGUGCCCGAUCUGGAUUUACCAAGAGUUGAAGAUGUUUUGACACGUGUUUCGGAAAACGCUGGAACGAACGUAGAAUCCUUUUUAUUGAAAUCUAACGAUGCUGACGAACCACCUACCUAUCAUCGCACCAAUAAAUUUACAAGAGGUUUCCAAGCACUUAUUAACGCCUAUGGUGAUUCGACGUACAGGGAACUAAAUCCAGGUCUUUAUACAAUAAUAACUUUUCCGUUUUUGUUCGCAUUAAUGUUCGGUGACGUAUGUCACGGGGUUAUACUAUUGGCUUUCGCUGGCUGGAUGAUCUCAGUCGAAAAGGAAAACAUGAAUAAAACAUCGAAAAAUGAAAUCUGGAAUAUUUUCUUCGGAGGGCGAUACGUCAUCCUAAUGAUGGGUAUAUUUACUCUCUAUACUGGUUUUCUGUACAACGUAUUUUUUUCUAAGUCAAUUGUACUUACGACUCCGUAUUGGAAGAAUACUUACGAUCUGAAGACAGUUGAAGAAAAUCAAUAUAUAACUUUAAAUCCAGUUCUUGAAACGAAUGCACCUUAUGUAUUUGGCGUGGAUCCGGUUUGGGCGCUGGCUAAAAAUAAAAUUAUGUACUUAAAUUCCUUGAAAAUGAAAAUGUCAAUUAUAAUCGGUAUUGUGCACAUGAUGUUCGGUUUAUGUUUAAGUCUCUUCAAUCACACAUAUUUUAAAAGGUAUUAUGCCAUUUAUUUGCAAUUUAUUCCACAAGUGCUAUUUCUGGCGUGCCUUUUUAUGUGGCUGGUCAUACUAAUUUACAUGAAAUGGUUUAUGUUCAGUGGAAAAUACGUUGAUGUUAAAAGAGGGGCAGGUUGCUCUCCUUUGAUUUUGAUUUUGUUUAUUGACAUGGUUUUACUGUCUACUUCGAAACCUGUGGAGGAAGAUUGCGACGCCUACAUGUUUGCGAGUCAAGAAAAACUUCAGCGACUGCUAGUUGUAAUAGCAGUUAUUUGUGUUCCAAUUAUUUUGUUUGGAACACCCGUCUAUUUGAACAAAGUUUACAAGAAGAAAAAGGAAGAAGCAUUGAAAAAAAUAAGUCAAUUUCGUAGAUAUCAAAGACGUGAUUCGGAUAAGCGGGCUGAGGAGAAAAUAUUAGCAGAAGUGGCUAAAUAUUCAGCAUCGUUUGGCGAGCUGAUGAUACAUCAAGCGGUGCACACCAUAGAAUUUGUUCUUAGUACCAUUUCUCACACUGCUUCUUAUCUUCGGCUGUGGGCAUUAUCGCUUGCUCAUGAACAAUUGUCGGAGAUGUUGUGGGUAAUGGUACUAGCAAAACUUGGUCUUCGGGAUACUUCGAUGGCUGGAGGGCCAAAGAUUUUUGUUAUAUUUGCGAUUUGGGCAGUAUUCAGUCUUUCGAUUUUGGUAGUGAUGGAAGGAUUAUCGGCAUUUCUUCAUACUUUGCGACUGCACUGGGUCGAAUUUAUGAGUAAAUUUUAUACAGGCUCUGGUUAUCCAUUCAAACCGUUUAGCUUCAGAGCUUUACUGACUGGAGAGGGUAAAGAUGACAAGUCUGAAGCCAUGUGUAAAAAGAGACCGACGGCUUAUUGAUUACAUUUCACUAAACUAAUCAAUUUGUCAAUUUUUUUUCAUUUAAUGAUAUAAAUACGUUAAGUUUUAUCGUUAAGCUAAACAUAGAAGUAUUUUAAAAAUUAUGUUAAUUCUUAACAAUACAAAUAAAUGUUGUAUUAGGAGUAAUUUAGGAUUUUACUUUUAAGUUAUCUGAAACAGUGCGUACAUGUUGCAUAUUUUCAAUAUUAUCGAAAAUAAAACUGAGUACCAUUACA